UCUCCCCGCCUCCUUCCUGAUAUCACAGUCUUCAGAAAAAGAGGAUCUGCAUCUGAAAAUCAGAAUAAAAACAGGCAGGGUGUAAUGUGUCUGGGAGUGUCUGUCUGGUCGUGUGGAGUCCUGCCUGGGUGUUGGUAGAGGGUAUUUGACCAUGAGAGCUUGAGGCUGUACCCAGAGAGGCUGCCUUUGUCGCUGGGUGCCAUUACACAGGGCCUUCUUUCCCUGUCAGCUUCCAGAAACAACCCACGGUUUCGGAGAUAGAAGAUGCCCCGCCCUAGCCUGCACCCAUCCAUCCCGCGGCCCAGGGGCAUGAGAGCCCAGAAAGCGGCUUUGGUCCUGUUGGCCGUCUGCCUGGUAGCCCUUUGGAGGCUGGGGGAGCCACCAGACCUCACCCUCCGGUGGCUGGUGCUCCAUGUGGCCUCCCUGCAGCUGGGACUGCUGUUCACUGGGGUCUGCCGUCUGACUGAGGAGCUGUGUCACCUCCACUCCAGGUACCAGGGCAGCUACUGGAGGGCGAUGUGGGCUUGCCUGGGCUGCCCCGUUCGCACUGGGGCUCUGCUGCUGCUGUCCUGUUAUUUCUACGGCACCCUCCCCAACACAGCUGACCUGCCCUUUGCUUGGAUGCUUGCCCUCCUGGGUCUCUCCCAGGCACUGAACAUCCUCCUGGACCUCCAGGGCCUAGCCCCAGCUGAGGUCUCUGCAGUCUGUGAAAAAAGGAAUUUCAACGUGGCCCAUGGGCUGGCAUGGUCAUAUUACAUUGGGUACCUGAGGCUGAUCCUGCCAGGGCUUCCGGCCCGGAUACGCACAUGCAACCAGCUCCACAACACGCUACGGGGGACAGGGAGCCAUCGGCUACACAUUCUCUUCCCGUUGGACUGCGGAGUGCUUGAUGACCUGAGUGUGGCUGACCCCAACAUUCGCUUCCUGUAUAAGCUGCCCCAACAAAGUGCUGACCGUGCUGGCAUCAAGGACCGGGUUUACACCAACAGUGUCUAUGAGCUUCUGGAAAACGGGCAACAGGCAGGCAUCUGUGUACUGGAGUAUGCCACCCCCUUGCAGACCCUGUUUGCCAUGUCACAGGAUGGCCGAGCUGGCUUUAGCCGGGAGGAUCGGCUUGAGCAGGCCAAACUCUUCUGCCGAACACUUGAAGACAUCCUGGCAGAUGCCCCCGAGUGUCAGAACAACUGCCGCCUCAUUGUCUACCAGGAACCCACAGAGGGAAGCAGCUUCUCCCUGUCACAGGAGGUUCUCCGGCACCUGCGGCAGGAGGAAAGGGAGGUCACUAUGGGCAGCGUGGGGACCUCAAUGGUACGCAAUCCCUCCGUGCUGUCCCAAGAGCCCAAUCUCCUCAUCAGUGGCAUGGAACAGCCUCUCCCGCUCCGCACGGAUGUCUUCUGAAGCUCAAGGUUACCUGGCUUGAACUCCCAGUGCUCCCCAAGAUUCUGGAUUCCCAAGAGUCCAGGUUGAAGGGCUUUCUGCAGCAGCUGAAUGCCCAGAAGAACCAUUUCCUCCCACAAGGACCCUCUCAGAGACAGUCCCUGAACUCAACAUCUCGAGAUGAAUCCUAUGACCUUGGGCAAGUUGUUUUACCUCUCUGAACCUCAGUGUGUUCAUCUAUGAAAUAGGAUUAUAAUCAUUGCCCUACCUACCUUA